AUGGCGCGAGAGAGGAGCGGCGCGGCGCCUAGACACGUGGCGUCGAGUGGAUGCCGCGGCAGCGGCGGCGGGAAUCGCGCCGGCGGCAGCGGCGCGGGUCGCGGAAUUACCAAGGAUCGCGCGGACAGGCGGCGCCCGAACAUCGCGCUUCAGGGCGCAACUCUCCGCGCAAGUGGCGGGCGAGUGCGCGCGGGAGCUGAAGCCUCCGCAGGGGGCCACCGCGUCACCAGCGGCAGUCGCAAACAGUGUCAGUGGCGGGGCGGCGGAGGCGCAGUGACAAGCGCGGAGAAUGAUGACGACGAUGCUGAUGUCGCUGAUGGUGGUAACCACACUCGUGGCGGGGUGCUUCUGGAGCAGAUUGCUGCCGCGGCGCGAAUGAAGCGAGCUGCGCAAGAGGCGGCUGCAGCGCGGCGCGUGGCAGCGGAGCAGCGCGGGACGGUGGAUGGGGAGGGCAAAGGGGCGAGAGGGCGAGCUGCAGGCAUGGCGGUGCGGAGGCGGGGCGACGACAAGGCUGGGAAGGCGCACGGAGGUGACGAGGCAGGUGGGGGUAGUGAAGGGCGGAGGAUUGGGGUGAACGGUAACGGGCAGGGGAGGAUUCUUGUGACGGAGCAGCAGGCAGGCGGCUGUGAUGAGGGCCAGGUGAUGCAGGAACAGCACACAGCAGCAGCAGUGUUGGAAGGAACAGCAGAGGGAGUGAGAAAGGAUGGAACGGACGAGGAAGCGAGCAGGACGCAGGCAGAGGCAGCAGCAGCAGCAGCCUUUCCCACACUGGCACUGCCGCUGCUGGUGCCUCUGCUGGGCGCGGGGGAAGACGUGGCACGCGCCAUGUGCGUGAACAGGGAGUGGCGCCACUCGCUCACACACGCCGUCCGCUCCUUCUCCCUCCGCUUCCACCCCCACUCCCUCUCUUGGCGCCCCUCCUUCCGCCAUUCCUCCGCCCUCCCCUCCGCCCACCACUGGAAUCCUGCAGCCGUCCAGCUCCCCCUGCUGGACCCCGCGCCUGCGCCCCUCCCCCCGCCGUCCCUCCGCCUGUGCGCCAACCAGGGGUGUGGCAGCUGCGCCAGUGGCAGCACUGCCUGUGUGACAAGCUGGAAGCACGCUCUCUCUCGCUACCCCAACCUCACCUCGCUGCACCUACCCCUCCUCUCCUCCCCCCCUUGGUCCACCUUGACCGACGGCCACGACUACAGUGCAGGCAGCAGCAGCCGUUACUACCCGCUCCCCUGCGACGUGCUCGUCUCGCCGGCUCACCUGAGCAGCCUGCUGUGCGGCCUGGGGCAGCUGGAGUGCCGUGCCACGCUGCGGUGCGUGCGCGUGGAGGUGACUGUGGACUGGCACUCGCAGCACCUGGUACGCACCAGCAGCGGCAGCAGCAGCAGCAGCGGCGGCGGCGGCGCGCACGGCUUGCACCGCGCUCUCAGAGAGCACCACCUGCUGUGCCACCACGGGGAGCCCGCCUGCCCUCGCCUCUUCCACAGCCGCAUGCAGAAACGCACGCUGGUUAUGGAGCAGAGAGAAGUAGAGAAGGGCGUGCAGGGCCUGCUGCAUGGCUGCCCCAACCUGCGAGCGCUGCACCUGCACGGCCCGGAUCUCUCCUGCCUCCUCUCCCUCUCGCCCUCCACCCUCGCUGCCUUCUCCCACCUCACUCACCUCUCUCUCCCGCUCCCAGGCUCCAUCCCUACGCCCGUUCUCCACCUCUCCCGCCUCGCUUCUCUCUCCCUCUCGCUCUGCCUCAAGUGCCCUGCUGCUCUCGCCAGCUUCCACCGCCAGAUGCUCUCCCCGGGCCUCUUCCGCCACCUCUCCUGCCUCUCCUCCCUCUCUCUGCUCGCCCUCCGCUCGCCCCGUGGUCCCACCACCUCCACCUCCAGCGUUAACGUGUCACCAAGCCUCCUCGAUGGCUUGCAAGCCUCCCUCCGCUCGCUCACGCUGCUGCUGCAUGAUGCCGACGUGCACGCCCCGAGUGCCUCGCCCUUCGCCUCCCUCUGCACCCUCUCCCGCCUCACACACCUCAACACCGAUCUUCACACCAAUUUCACCACUGAUUUCAACACGCUCGUCUACCCCCCUCCCUCGUCCACGGCCCCUUCCGCUUCACUCACUCCCAUCGCGCACCUCUUCCCACCACACCUUUCUACCCUCCCCCCCUCUCCCACGCCACAUCUCGGCCUCGCGUCCCUAUCGCACCUCACCUCCCUCGCCCUCACCUCUCUCACCCACGUUCCUGCAUCCCUCUCACUCCUCUCCUGCCUCUCCCACCUCGAGUUGCCCCAAGCCACAGACGACCCUCACGGGGCCAUCCGUGCGUUGCCCCACCUUGCCCACUUGGACUGCAGUCUGCUGCAGCUAAACCACCUCCUCGAUUUGGGUCCCUCUCCCUCCUGCAAGCCCUGCUCCUGUGGGAUCCGUGUGAGCUGUGACUGCUGCGACUGCCAGGGCAGCAGCGGCAGCGGCAGCAGUGGCGGCAGUGGCAGCGACAGCGGCAGCGGCAGCAGCAGCGGAGCAGCAGAAGCAAGCACACAUGCUCCCUUCCCCCACUGCUCCUGCUUGCACCCGUCGCAAGCACCACAGCAGCGCACCCGUGGUCUCACCUCGCUGGUGCUGCGUGCACACCCGCAGCUGCCUACCACCCACGUCCACACUCACUCCUACCCCUCCCUUCUCCACUUAGAGCUACACGGAAUCGCCUCCUGCCACUGGCGCUGGGGCAACCGCGCCGUACCGCCCACCUUCUCCCUCUUCCCCAACCUGCACACCCUCAUCUGCAACCCCCUUCCCGACGACCCACAAACAAACCACUCUGUGAACCUAUACCUUGCCCUGCUCCCCUCUCUCACCCGCAUCUCUGGGGGGUUUGCGCUGUGCCGUGCUGACCGUCUGCUCUAUCCUUCUCUCCACACAGUCGUGUUUAACCGUGUAAGGCUGGUCCCUUCUGUGCCCUGGGAGCCGCUGCUGCAGCUUCGGUCUCUGCGCACGCUCAUUCUCUCGCACUCGUUCCUCCUCUUGGACUCACCGAACCCAUACUACUGGCACCGAGACGUGCCACCGCCCUUGCACCUUCUCACAGCCCUGCACACGCUGCAGAUGCCCCUGCCCUGCCAUAAACGGCAACGAAAUCUGCCAGUGCUUACCUUGAACUGGCCUCCGCACGUGCGCUGCCUGCGCCUGUGCGACUCCCCUCUCACUCAUCUUCCCCCGACUGUGCUCGGGUGCCUCGAAUUAGAGGAGCUGCAUCUGAUUGGCUGGCCGCAUUUGAGUGAGCUGCCUGCAGGGUUGGCAGGGUUGAAGAGGCUAGGGGUGGUGAGAGUGAGUGGGUGUGAGGAGGAACCUACUGUGCCUGUUGAGCUGCUGCCUCUGCUGCGAGGGAAGCGCUGGCACUUUCCCUUCACCCAAUCCAUGGCUUGUGAGCGAUGA